CGGAUGAAACCUGUGCUGGAAAAGUGUCACGGCCGUCCACAGGUUUUGACAUGCAUUUCGAGGACCUCUUGCUGGUAGGAUUGCCACUCCAUCUGUGGUUGCAGAAAUGGCCAGGUAAGGAAGCAGAUCGUUAGUACAGGUAAUACCGAGGAGGGGAAGGAUGGUCCAUGUCUGGCUAGGUCAGCAGGAAGCUGCGGCGAUGCAGUUGACGGAACAUGGACGAGGGAGGUGCGGUAUGGGUUGGUAAAGGGCUCUCCUUCCCACAAGCAGCAGAAACCGUUGCACAAAUAUAGUCAACAGUCAACUUCAUCGCUUCAUCCUUGGAUGCACAUUGCUAUCAUACAUGAACGCACACACUGGUAACGUUGAUAUCAGUCGCCAAUAUGGAUUCCGAUACAGUUAUCGAUGGCCACAAUAAGCCUCGCAGUCUUCCGAACACACCGUUCACCUCGACCACAGUCAUUGUCGACGAUCAAGCGGUUGUCAUUCCUGCUGAUGAAUCCGAUGCAAUUAUCAACAGCUACAACAAGCUUCACGAUCUCCCCAAUGACCCACCGACCCCACCUGCAGUCAUUGUCGAUGAUGAGCUCCCGACUGAACCAUUGAACUCGACCACACUAGUUCAUGACGAGCACGCGACUGCUACUACUGGUGAUGGAACACCUCCGAAGCAAACCUCUUCGGCUCAGACAUGGUUGACAUCCCGUUUGGUUCAUCUCGUCAUUGAGCUCGCCUCCUUCUUUGCACAUUCCGCCCUUACCGCCCGCUAUCUAACCCAAAGCCGCACGAGAAAGACUGCCGAACAUGAAAGCUGCCUCACCACUGCAAUGCAGAUUCCUUGCCAGACUUGCUUGGAUAACCUCCGCCACUGCAACGCCAAUGCCGAAAAGGCUCGUGAAGGUGUUGUCAUUGGACUUGACUGGGUGGACAUUGCCGCAAUUAUUGUAUUAGCUGUCUUGUGGCGUGCAUUCCUUGCAGCAUCCGAGAAGUGGCUAGUUGCAAAAAUUGCUGCGAACAAGAACAAGUUGGAGGAAUAGCAAGGACGACUCAGGUGGCUAACCGGCUGACCAGCUGACCAGGAUGCGCCCUGCGAGAUCCAAAGAGACGGCAACAAAUUGAGGGUA